UGCCAGCAAGAAUUUUAGGUUAUAAUCCGUUUAAGCUAUUGUGAAUUUUAUUUAUUUACUUAUUUUAAGACUGAAAAGUGUAUUAAAAUGAAGAUAUACACGAAUGAAAAUAAUACGUCUACCCUAAAGUUGCUUGUGGCGGCAUGUUUAAGUGGGAAAAAGGUGGAAUUACAAAAAUCUACGUUUGUAGAUGGAGUAUUUGCCGGCCCCCGCAGCCUACCACUGCUGGUGGUCGACGACCAGCUCCGCUUCUUUUCCAGCAACGCCGCUUUGCAGUAUCUGUACCCCACUGACAUAUCUAUCAAUGGACACUGUCAACAGUUGUUAGAAUGGGAGUCAACUCGCCUCCAGCCCACAGUGGGAGUAGUGGUGAGCAGCAAGUCCACCCCCCCAGAUCUGAAGCAAGCGCUGCAGGCCCUCUUGCAAACCUUGGAGUCAGGGUUGAAGGCUCACAAGUUUGUUGUUGGGGAUAAACUGUCGCCGGCAGACAUAGCCAUAUGGAGUACAUUGUACCCAGUUUACAACAUGGAGGAUCUCAAACAACAGUAUACUGCUGAUUUACCAGCCGUGGCCAGGUGGUACAGUGAACUUGCGGGGACAAAAGCUGUUCAGGAGGCGCUAAAACAGUGGGGAGGCUCAACUAGCGCCCCCUUGGGGGCGACGUCGGUACUUGGCGCACCCCAGCUGCCCAGCCAGCUGUCUCCAGCUGGCAGUCCAGACGAGGCCGGGGAAGCGGGCGUGUCCCCGGACGAGCUGGCGGCCGCCCGAGACACCUGGCUGAAUGGACACACAGCCAUACACAAAGCCACGCCGCCGCAGAAGCUUGUAUUGCCCGUAAAAGGUCGUAAGAACGUGUUGAUAACUUCAGCGCUACCGUACGUCAACAACGUACCGCACCUCGGGAACAUUAUAGGUUGUGUGCUCUCCGCUGAUAUAUUCGCCAGAUAUUGUCGCAUGUGUGAUUACAACACGCUGUAUGUGUGUGGCACGGACGAGUACGGAACUGCUACUGAGACUAAGGCGCUAGAAGAAGGCAUAACCCCCAAAGAGAUUUGCGACAAGUACUUCGCUAUACACAACGCGGUGUAUCGCUGGUUCAACAUUGGAUUCGACUACUUCGGACGAACCAGCACCCCCGAACAGACGGAAAUAGCCCAGAGGCUGUUCCUCAAGCUGAAGGACAACGGGUUCGUGAGCUCGCAGUCCGUCGAUCAGUUGUUAUGCCAGAACUGCGACAGAUUCCUCGCGGACAGGUUCGUGGAGGGCACGUGUCCGCACCCAGGGUGCCUGUACGAGGGCGCCCGCGGGGACCAGUGCGACAAGUGCGGGAAGCUGAUCAACGCUGUCGAACUCAUACAACCCAGAUGUAAAGUAUGCGGCCAUCCACCAACAAUAAAACCUAGUGAACAACUGUUCAUAGAACUUGGGCAACUCGAACCCCCCCUCCGCACGUGGAUAUCGGGCGCGUCCGCGAACUGGUCGGCCCCGGCACGUGCCGUCACCCGCGCGUGGCUGCGCGAGCCGCUGCGGGCACGUGCCGUCACGCGCGACCUCAAGUGGGGCGUGCCCGUGCCGCUGCCGCAGUACGGGAAUAAGGUGUUCUACGUGUGGUUCGACGCGCCCAUUGGCUACUUCAGCAUCACCCAGUGUCUCACCAAGCAGUAUGAGGCGUGGUGGAAACCUGAUAAGGAAUAUGACGUAAAGCUGUACCAGUUCAUGGCGAAAGACAACGUUCCGUUCCACGUGAUAAUGUUCCCGGCCACGUUGAUCGGAGUCAACGAGGGGCACCAUUUGGUCGACCACAUCUUUGCUACCGAAUAUCUGAAUUACGAAGAAGGGAAAUUUUCUAAAUCAAGAGGUGUCGGGGUCUUCGGUACUGAUGCCCAGGACACGGGAAUCCCGUCGGACGUGUGGCGGUUCUACCUGGCCAGCAUACGGCCUGAAACCUCCGACUCCAGCUUCAGUUGGGUGGAACUCGGCACCAGAAAUAAUUCGGAGCUGCUCAACAACCUGGGCAACUUCUGCCAUCGCUCCCUCAGCUUCUGCGCCAACUCGUUCAAGGGCGUCCUGCCGGAGAUGACGCUCACUGCCCAGGACCUCGAGCUGGUCGCUCUUGUCAACAGGGAUGUACUAGCGUACGUGCAGCACAUGGAGCGCGGGCGGCUGCGGGAGGCGCUGCGCGCGGUGCUGGGUGUGGCGCGGCGCGGGAACCAGCACAUGCAGGCCGCGCAGCCCUGGGUGCUGCUCAAGGGGACUGACGACGACAAGGAACGCGGCAGGACAACAAUAGGUCUCUGCUGCCAGCUGGUGGCGCUGCUGCUGGCGCUGAUCUCCCCGUACAUGCCCGACACGGCGCGCCGGCUGCGGGACCAGCUUGGGCUGAAGGACAUGCCGCUGUUGAACCCAGAUAAACCGGGUCUGAUCCAGUACCUCCCCGCUGGUCACGUGAUCGGCAAGCCGGAGCCCCUGUUCAGCAAACUGGAGCCCGAGAGACUCGAGGAGCUGAAGAAGAAGUACGCCGGCACGCAAAACGAACGAGCACAGCAAAACGGUGAUGUGGAGUCAAAUGCUAACGUCGCCGAGUUGGAGGCCGCUGUAGCGGCACAGGGCGAAAAAGUCCGCCAACUAAAAGCAUCAACGAAGGACAAAUCAGUGUGGCAGCCAGAGGUAGCCAAGCUGCUGGAGUUAAAGAAGCAACUAACGGCGGCGCAAGCGCAGCCUGGCCCCCCUGCAGCGGCGGCCGGGGAUGUAGCUGGCUUAGAGAAGGCUAUUGCUGAACAGGGAGACAAGGUUCGUCAGUUGAAGGCGCAAACGAAAGACAAAUCAGUCUGGCAGCCGGAGGUGGCUAAGCUGUUAGAACUAAAGAAGCAGCUCACCGCCGCUCAGGCUGCCCACCCUGUACAGGCCGGCAAGCCUGUAGUAGACGCAGCUGGCUUGGAGAAGGCUAUUGCUGAACAGGGCGAUAAGGUCCGCAAACUGAAGGCCUCGACGAAGGACAAGGCGGUGUGGCAGCCGGAGGUCAACAUAUUACUGGACCUCAAGAAACAACUCGCGGCCCUCACCACCAAGUAGAACUUAACCCCACACGCGUCCAACAGCAUGUGCUGUUUCCGGGAAUGUUGCCAAUUUGGGAACAUUCCAUACAUAAACUCCUGACGACAUGCACACAGCACUUCUCCCGCAGUCUCAAAGGUCGAGCAAAAUCUAGGUUGAAAAGAAUGCAUAUACAGGGUGUUAGUGACAUCGUAACGAAUACUGAGGGGGAUGAUUUAGACCAUGAUUCUGAGUUAAUAUCAAGUGGAAAUUUCCGUCGAAAAAGUCAUGACCUUAUUUAUUUUUUAAUUAUUUUCAAUUCUAUACUUUUGCGAUGGAAAAUUCCAAUUGAUAUUAACUCAGAAUAAUGAGCUGAAUCAUCCCUCUCAGUAUUCGUUACGAUGUCACUUCACCCCGUACAAGUACAUACACAUAGGUGCAUGUAGAUAUGGGUGUUAGUGACACCGUAACGAAUACUGAGGGGGAUGAUUCAGACCAUGAUUCUGUGUUGAUAUUAAGUGGAAUUUCCUGUCGGAAAAUUUAUUAAAAUUUUACUGUUUUUUUAAUUACUUUCAGUUCCAUACGUUUGCGACGGAAAAUUCCACUUGAUAUUAACUCGGAAUCAUGGUCUGAAUCAUCCCUCAAAGUGUUCGUUACGAUGUCACUAACACCCUGUAUAUUGUACAUUAUCUCAAACUAGGUCGAAACUAAUGUCCUUUGUAAAAUGUUUAUACCAGGAACAUUUCCGGGACGGCAUAUCACUGCUUCCAAACAAUUCCCUGAAUCUUACAAUUAAAAUUUAUUUAUUACGAA